AUGGUUGCCAGCGCUGGAACAACUCAAGAGAAGCCCGUCACCCCGGGUGAUCCUGUACAAACUGAGCAGCAAAACAAAGUCCUGAGCAGCCCCGGUCAGCUUGAGAAAGAAGACAAAACUCUGGGCAAUCAUGUCCAUAUCAAGAAAGAAGACAAGCCCCUGGGUGAACAUCAGUAUCUCGAGAAACAGGAUCAGCUUCGCGAUAUUGGCAUUGCUACUGGCACAUCCCGGAUCACUCUGCAUCGUGGCGACUCUUUUGGAGCCACAAUAACCAUCAUGCCGUCUUCGUCAUCCAGUUCGGAUCGGAAGUCAUAUUUGAAGCGGUUCCGGUACACGGUCGAUGGUGACUGGCAGAUUUCGGACUUGCCGAACAUUAUCAGCGAGGCCAGCACGUACAAAGAGAUCAUCCUCAAGGUAGGCCGGGAGGACUUGCGAACAAAUCUGAUCGAGUCCUACAACAAUCGAAAGCGCCAGCUCGGUUCUGAAAAAGCAUUCGACGCCGCUGUGGAGGCGGCCUUUGGCUCUCGCGGACUGGUCGAUGAGCUCCAUGCCAUUUUGCAGGCCUACUACAAGAUUGCCAUCGACAGAUUUCUCGAUAGCAUCUGUCGCCAGGCGGUCAGCUAUUUCCUGCUCGAAGCAGACAACAGCCCGGUGAAGGUCCUCAAGGCAGAGUUCAUUGCAAACUUGAGCGACUCACAGCUCGAGAGGAUUGCCGGCGAGGAUGCGAUGACGAGAGCGAAAAGGCUGGCUCUUGAAGCGGAGCGCGAGCCUUUGGAGAAGGCACUGAAGGUACUGCGGGAGUGA